AUGAGCAGACGCAACAAAAGCAGGCUCGUUGUAGACCUGGAUGACGAGGUUGAGUUUGUGACCAAGGUAGCUAAGCAGACCACUAGGGGAGUACGCUAUGUGGACGUACCUUUGCCCAUGCCCACGGGUUCAAAUGUGCCAUCGCCUUCCAAAAGUCCAUCGAAGGCUCCAGCUUCAGGCCCCUUGUUUAACUUGGAUGAUGGCGACGUCCUGGGCAACAUAGGUGUGCCGAUUCAGCUGGAUCCGGCGGCUCGGAAGACAAAGACCCAGAAUGACUUCAUGAGGGACUGGAUACCCCACCGUGAUGACUAUCUUCAUGCCAUUGUUGAGAUGGAAGCCCCGCCUGAGCCCAGAAACUGUGCGGAAUGCAAGGUUGGCGAGGGACGGUGGCGAUGCCUGGACUGUAUGGGCAGACCGCUCACCUGUAUCGACUGCUGUCGUAACGGCCAUCAGCGUGCUCCUUUCCAUCGGAUAGAGCAUUGGCAGGGUCAGUAUUUUGAGCCAGCAUCACUGUAUUGGGUUGGCGUCUGCAUCCAUUUGGGGCAUGGCGGAGAUCCCUGCCCUCUGGGUGCCUUCACAGCACAUAAUAACCCUGCGCCGGUGGUGGCCCCGGGGUCCAAUUUCUGGAAUGCCUCCAAUGAAGACCUAAAUGCACAUGAUGGCGAGGUCCCAUUCAACUUUGCACCUCUGGCAGGCACCCUUAACGGUGAAGCAAGGCAAACCGACGAUGCUCCCGAUCCCACUUGGGAGGAAGAUGUGCCACCGGUGCUCUCCCGGCCACCUCGCCGUGAUAGUUACAGGAAUCGCAUCAUAGUCAUUGUCGACAUCUCUGGCGUUCACCAUAUCGGCGUUGACUGGUGCCAGUGUGAGAUGGCAGUGGAGCGUGACAUGCAGCUUCUUCAAAUGGGACUUUACCCUGGUACCAUCAAGGAUCCCCAUACCGCCUUCACAUUCGCCGUCCUCGACGAUUUCCUUCUGGAGAACAAAGAGUGCAAGACAGCGGCAUUGAACUACUACAGCAAGCUCAAACGGGUCAUGAGCAAUGCCUUCCCUGGCACCAUUCCCGACCGUUAUCGUGAGCUGAUGCGGGUGUCCCACCAAUGGCGCCAACUCAAAUAUCGCAAGUGGCACGGCUUCUCACACGAUGCCCUCCGUCCUGUGGAGAAGGGUGGCCUCGCCAUCUUUUGUCCUGCCUGUCCCCAGCCUGGGCUCAACCUGCCUUUCGAUUGGCAAGCGGAUCCAGUGCAGUGGAAGUUCAAAUGCGGCUUUGUCAUGGAUGGAAAUUUCAGUGCAGAGCACAUGAAGAUGAAGCACCCCGAGGAGGACGUCGCCCUCAGUGACGGCCAGGCAUUCAUGGUCGGCCAAGAGGAUUACAAGGCUCAUCUGGCGGUGGCCAUGGAGUCGCAUCAGCGCUCCACUUGUCAUGAGCACCGCGCUGUCAAUCAGGCCAAUGUGGAUCGCGCCAACCUCGACGCCACAGGAAUCGGGGCCACUGCUUGCGCCAGACAUGGUUUCUUCGUCCCUCAUACUGUCGUCGAUUUCCAGAAGGGAGAAAGACAAAUGAAUAUGGAUUACUCUCUCAGCAAUGCACUCCUGACCCUCACCGGUAUCACCCUCGUCCUCGUCAUGUACGACAUCAUGUGCCAGUAUGGCGUCCAUGUCCGCAAACAUUUCCGCCACAGCGCCUAUCUGAGGAUGCCCUUCGAGCUCAAGGUAGACCAAGGCAUCAGCUUGUUUCAUGUGCACGGACACCAAGAUUGCUGCUUCCAACGGUUCUCGCCCAACUUUAUAGUUGGCGCUGGUAUGGUCGAUGGCGAGGUCAUUGAGACCCUGUGGGUGCCAACAAAUGAGGUCUCAGGCAGUACCAGGGGCAUGACCCGAGCUCACCACCAAGAAGUCCUUGAUGAUCACAUGAAUGACUCCAACUGGAAGAAGACGACUCGCAUGGAUGAGCCUGUGCCAACCUUGAUGACAAAGUGGAAACGCGUGCUCCUGGGCUUCCCACGAAGCAAGGAGUCCUUUGAAGCUUUAUCUGCAUCCACAGAUGAGGAUGUCCUUGAGGCAUGGCAGAAGGAGUACGAUGACGCUAUGGAGGCUCGCCAAAAUGAUCCGAAGAUCAUGGACACCUUCAAUGUCCAGCUCAUGAAGGCCCCGGGUAAAGACCUCACCCAACUCAGACUGGCGGGCGAGGAGUCCGCCAAGGGCUUGGAGAAGGGCACCGCCGGAUGGUUGUCGACUGGCCUCAAAAUUCAAGAAGCACAGCUUAAGCUUGCGAAUGAUAUCCGCAAGGCGAGUCAAAAUCCGAGCGUGGCGGAGGACCUCAAGACUCUCGAGCGCCAUCAGCGCCUCGAAGUCAGCAUUCUCACAUUCCAACGUCGCUCUGAGAAGUUCAUGGGAAGGUUGGAGGACGUUCCCGCCAUGGAAGAUCGUGACGAUGAUGCGCUCUGGGAUUCCUUGGAUGAGAAUCCUUUUCAAAUACACCCGGAGGACGCUGAGUAUGGUGAGGAUGCAAUUCCUCCCGAGCGAGCUUCCUUGAAUUUACCUUCGCAGAUAGGAUUCGUGGCCGCCAUCGCCAACAGGCUCCAGACCCUGGCGGCCCAAGAGUUGGAGUUGCGCAAAGGCCUGAUGAAUGACAUCCUCCACGAGCUUCGCAUGGCGCGUGGACUGAAGUCUUACCUCUACCGCAAGAGGGUUCAUCCCGCCAACAGCAUCGGAACCAUGACCCGUGCACAGGCGGAGGUUCAUGCUGCCGAUCAGACCGUCUUGGCCUGCGCCAGGCUCUAUUCCGCCAACCGACGCGCCAUUAUGCGCUUGGAUGCCACCGAUGAAGACUUGGCCCUCUAUCGCCCUUUGGAUAAGAAGGACCUGCACGUGAAGACUGCCGUCAUCGAGGCUAGCACCUCCGGGCUCAGGAACGUCAACCUGGCUUGGUUCUGGACCAUGGAUGUCGCUGGAGAUCGAGGUUCAUCAGAAUGGAUGGACGAGUGUUCGUAA